UAUGACACCCAAGCGCCCUGCUACCCUUAAGGAAAGUGACUCGAAGCGAUCAAGAAAACUUGUGACUAUAGAAAAAAAGCUAGAAGUUCUGGACCGCUAUGACAGGGGUGAAAAAUCAUCAGUUAUUGUUCAUGCUACUGGACUAAGUGAUAGCACGUUGAGGACCAUCAGGGCGAAUGCGGACAAAAUCAGAGCCAGUUCUAUUGCUGGUACAUCAGCCUCCUCUUCCCAGUGUUCCCGAGCAAGAUCCAUAGAGAUGGAGAGGAUGGAGAAGUUAUUGGCACAAUGGAUCCAACACCAGAAUAAGGAUAAUGUCCCUAUUAGCAUGGCCAUUAUACAGACGAAAGCUUUAAGCAUCUACAAGGAUCUGCUAUUAGAGGAUGAGGAAGACAAAGCCAAGAAAUUCAAUGCCAGUUCUGGAUGGUUCGCUAGAUUUAAGAAACGAUAUGGCUAUGACAACGUUUUGAGGGCAAACAAAGAAAGUCAGGACAAGGCCAGGGAAGCCGGGUUUGAUGAUCUCGAGCAGAAGGAUAUUGAUGAGCUGCUGGAGUCACACAGAGAGGAGUUGACUAACGAAAAACUGUUAGAAAUGGAGAAAAUACAGAACGCGGAGUUGGAGGCAUCUCGGCCGACACCAGAAACCCCAGAGCCCGAGAGAGUGUUGACCAAAAGUGACCUAGAGAAAGCACUCGCAUCUAUAAGAGAUGGACUGGACGUCCUUGAAGCCAAAGACCCCAAUAUUAACAGGAGUGCAACAGUGGCCAGAAAAGUUAUGUCCGAGCUGAACUGCUACAAAUUGAUGUUAGAACAAAAGAAGAAAAAAAACGCAGACAAAACUCCAUUUUUUUCAAAAGAAGGAAGAGCAGGGAGAGCGAGAGAGGUGGGGAGGGAGCGAGAGGCGAUGAGGAAGCACGUGGUGAGCCCGAGGCAAGCAGAGUAUAACAGUGAAACACCUCAUGCUCAUUCUCCAACAACACAUCCUUGUAGUCUGGAAGGCAGUCGUCCUAGUACUUCUUCUGCAUCAGAGGAAACCCAGUCCAGUGCAGAGGGAAUGGACACUAUCCAGGGAGGAAUAAACGAUUCUCUUGCGGAGCUGGCGGAAAACCAGAAACUUAUUGUUACUGCAUUGUCAGAGCUAGUGGCAGACCAGAAGCAGAUGGUGGCAAGCCAGGAGGAGAUGGUGGCAGUGGUAAGGGAUGGGGUAAAUGCCAUCCAAGGAGCCUUGGAAUUGUAUAAAAAGCACAGAAAGUAAGAGGCAGCAGUAGUGUAUAAAAGUAUAAAAUGUUUUGUAUUUUUGUAAAGGAAAGUGUAUUUUUGUAUUUAAAAAGAGAUAUAUGUUAAUAUUUAUUAAAUGAUCAAUGUGCCUGUUUUUGUUACUUUUAAUAUUUUGCUGUAUGCAAUGCAAUCUUCUGUAUAUUGUAUAUACU